AUGGGGAACCCUCGUUUCCUAGUCACUCGGUCCCCCAACGGAAGAGGCCUCGCUCCUAUUGGAACACUCCAACAUCAGAUUUGCCUCGUGCGUCCCUUUUUGAGCCAGAAAGCUAUUUUCUUUUGGGCGCUCACCCUCGACCGGGCGCGGGCGCUGCUGCGCGGCGGCGCGGACUCUUCAGCGGGCGACCCGUCUGCCCUCGAGCGGGUGCGCGUCCUCUGCGCGUGGGGCGAGUCGGAUCCGACCGCUGCGGCCGUCGGUUCCACAGUCGCGAUCCACUCUCUGGUCUCGCGGCUCUCGAUGAACGGCAAGGUCGGUGUCGUCGUCUCCGCAAGCGCUUCGACGUGCCGCUUCGGCGUGCGCGUGGCGGGCGAGGCCAAGGCACUCGCGCUAAGGCGCGCAAUGCCGGCCAAUCUGCAGCCAGCGGCCGAGGCGGUAGAGGUGGGCAGGCUGAUCCUCAAGGCGGCGGAGUGGUCGCCGCAGUCGCACGAGCUCUUCCCGGAGGCGGCUCGCAAGUGGGCGGUCGAGGUGAUGCGGCUGGGCUACCUGAUCGCGUGGGACGAGGAGCGCUUCGACAGCCGCGAGGGAGCGGCUCCGGAGCUGGCGGACGCCAACGCAAACCCCUAG